CCCCGCCCGUCCGUCCGCCCGCUGAUCUCAGAUCCAGACCAAACGAACUCCACACUACCCUCUGCCCAGCUCGCGCACGCAUGAAACCCUAGUGACCCCGUCCAGAUCUCGGCGUCCGGAUCACUGCGCGGCGCCGCCAUGGCGCCCCCCGCGCUGGACUCUCUCCCGGCGCCGCUCCGGUCGCUGCGGCUCAAGACGAAGCAGCAGGAGCUCCUGCUCCGCGUCUCGGCGCUGGCGCUCAUCUACGUGCUCGCCUUCGCCGUCCGCCUCUUCUCCGUCCUCCGCUACGAGUCCAUGAUCCACGAGUUCGACCCUUACUUCAACUACCGCACCACGCUCUUCCUCACCGAGAACGGCUUCAGCGAGUUCUGGAACUGGUUCGACUUCGAGAGCUGGUACCCGCUCGGGCGCGUUGUCGGGGGGACGCUCUACCCGGGUCUGAUGGUGACCGCCGCGCUGCUCCACCGCCUCCUCCGCGCGCUCUACCUCACCGUCCACAUCCGUGAGGUCUGCGUCCUCACCGCGCCCUUCUUCGCUGCCAACACCACGCUCGUCGCCUACGCCUUCGGCCGCGAGAUAUGGGACUCCGGGGCGGGGCUCGUCGCCGCUGCGCUGAUCGCCAUCGUCCCUGGCUACAUCUCCCGCUCCGUCGCGGGGUCCUACGACAACGAGGGCGUCGCCAUCUUCGCGCUGCUGCUCACCUUCUACCUCUUCGUGCGCGCCGUUAACACUGGGUCGCUCGCCUGGGCGCUCGCCUCGGCGUUCGGUUACUUCUAUAUGGUGUCGGCAUGGGGAGGCUACGUGUUCAUCAUCAAUCUCGUCCCGCUUUAUGUGCUUGUGUUGCUUGUCACUGGGAGGUACUCGCAGAGGCUCUACGUGGCCUACAAUUGCAUGUAUGUGCUUGGGAUGUUGCUUGCAAUGCAGAUUCGUUUUGUUGGAUUCCAGCAUGUGCAGUCCGGAGAGCACAUGGCUGCUAUGGGAGUCUUCUUCCUGUUGCAGGUUUUCUUCUUCUUGGACUGGGUGAAAUAUCUGCUAAAUGAUGCCAGACUAUUCAAGUCAUUCCUUCGAAUUACCCUCACAUGUGUGAUUACUAUUGGCACCCUGGCUCUUGGACUUGGUACUGCAUCUGGUUACAUCUCCCCUUGGACAGGACGGUUUUACUCCCUGCUUGAUCCUACCUACGCAAAGGACCAUAUACCAAUCAUCGCAUCUGUUUCUGAGCAUCAGCCAACAGCAUGGUCCUCUUUCAUGUUUGACUUCCACAUCCUACUUUUCUUGUUCCCAGCUGGCCUUUAUUUCUGUUUCAAGCGCCUGUCAGAUGCCACGAUAUUUAUUGUUAUGUAUGGCCUCACAACUAUGUACUUUGCUGGUGUGAUGGUCCGGUUAAUUCUUGUGGCAGCACCAGCCGUUUGCCUUAUUAGUGCGAUUGCUGCAUCUGCUACAAUAAAAAAUCUAACCACUUUGAUCCGGACAAAGAGCAAAAGUCCACAGACUACUGGAAAAACAACUGGUUCAAAGGCAGGUGCAAAGGGAGCAGUUGAUCAAUCUUUACCAUUCCAACACAAUGCAGCUAUUGCUCUUCUUCUCGGUGCCUUUUACUUGCUCAGUAGGUAUGCAAUACACUGCACUUGGGUGACAUCUGAGGCCUACUCUUCUCCAUCUAUAGUUUUGGCUGCAAGGGGUCAUAAUGGUGGAAGAGUCAUCUUUGAUGAUUAUCGUGAGGCAUACUAUUGGCUUCGUCAGAACACGCCUCCUGAUGCUAAGAUUAUGUCUUGGUGGGACUAUGGAUACCAAAUUACAGCUAUGGGUAACAGAACUGUUAUUGUUGAUAACAAUACAUGGAAUAACACACACAUAGCUACAGUUGGACGAGCUAUGUCAUCUUAUGAAGAUGAAGCAUAUGAGAUCAUGCAGUCACUUGAUGUGAACUAUGUGCUUGUUGUGUUUGGAGGUGUUACUGGAUAUUCUUCAGAUGAUAUCAACAAGUUCUUAUGGAUGGUACGUAUUGGUGGAGGAGUUUUUCCUGUAAUCAAAGAGCCAGAUUACCUUGUUAAUGGGGAGUAUCGUAUUGACAAGGGGGCAGCACCCAAAAUGCUGAACUGCCUAAUGUACAAGCUUUGUUACUACCGAUUUGGAGAACUUACCACAGAAUAUGGAAAACCUCCAGGGUAUGAUCGUGUACGAGGAGUGGAGAUUGGCAACAAAGACAUAAAGCUUGAAUACUUGGAGGAGGCAUUUACAACUUCAAACUGGAUAGUGCGCAUAUACAAGGUGAAACCCCCAAAGAACAGGUCCUGAGGUAGUUGGUAUUACCUCAGGCAAGUAAAUUAUUGUCAAAAAUCUGAGUGUCCAGAGGAGACGGCAGAGUGGUUAUUAUGGGCACCUGCGUUGGCGAGACUUGCUGUAGUGGCCAUAGCAUCAGUUCAGGUCGAAGGUCCUCAUUUGGUUUAGGUGUGGUCGGUGCCAUUCAGAAGAACCAAUUGUGACAACAGCGAGUACUUUUUGAUUGUUAAGCAUUUCUUGACCUAACUCUGGAAGUUUUUGUAGGCGCAAUGACAUAUUUGAGU